GCUGUCUGGCCGUUUCAGUGCGAAUCGAAGCAUCAAAGGUGUUAGGUGUUUGUGCGGUCUUUCAUUUCACGUCGUUCGUUCGUAUUUAUUUGGCGCAUAUUUUGACGUCAGCAAAAGUAACAGCGUCUCUGAUUGUUGUGUGGAUUCUUUUAGGACUUGCUUUCUGGACAGAUUGUGCUGAAAUAUGGGCGUGACACGCCUUAGUCUCAUGCUGCUGCUGGCGGCGCUGCUGCAGCUUAGUCAAGUGGAUGCUUACUCCAAGUAUGGACGCGGCUGCGGCGACAUCGGUUGCCUGCCCAACGAGGAGUGCGUGAUCACCAGCGACUCGUGCAGCUACAAUCAACGCGAUGGCAAGGAUUGCGGCAGCUAUCCGACUUGCAAACGCAAAAGCGGCGCAUCCAGUGGCAACACCCACCAGGCGAAUCCCUCGUCCCCAUCGUCUGCGGUUAAUCCCUCAGGAUCCAGCUUGAAUACGGGACCUGAGAAUAACAUAUUUGCGCCCGCAUCAUCGAAUCCCACACUUAACACCUACACAUACUUCAGUCACAACAGCAAUAACAAUAACAAUGGCCAUCAUCAGAAUGGGGGACAAUCGUCGGGUGGCAACAACGGCGGCUCCUCGUCGAUGGGCGGCCAAGGCGGUCAAGGUGGCCAACAGAAUGGCGGCCAAGGGUCGCAGAAGGGAUCGCAAGGUGGCGACGCGGGGGGACUGGGCAACAGCGGGGCUGCGGGUGCCUCGGCAACGGGCAUCGAUCCGCAUUAUGUGUUUGGGGCCAAGCAUCACAUGCCCAUCAUACCUAAUAUGCCCAUCUUUCCAUACAAUUCACCCACGCAAGCGCCAUCGUUUCAACAGUUUCCCCAACCCAAUCAUCCAGGUAGCGUCCUCAAUCCCGGAUAUCCCAUGCAUGGCCUGCAGCCGGUGAAUCCCUACAAUCCACCGUUCGUAUUUGGUCAGCUGCCCUUCUACUCGGGCCCCGCCGGCACUGGCGGCCCCCCAGGCGGCGGUGGCGUCGGCGGUGGCGGUGCCAAUGUUGGCAUCGGAGCCGGCGUCGGUCUCCCAAGCUCGAGUAUGGGCAUCUUGGGUGGCGGCGGCGGCGGUCUGGCGCCAUAUGGCAGCAACUAUCAGGGCUAUCAGACCCAUCACACCAAUGCGAACAUGUACAAUAAGCCGCCGCCUCAGUAUCAGAACCAGAAUCAACAGAAUCCCUACAAUCGCCAGACCCAGGCGCGUCCCUCGGCAGCGGGUCGUCUCAGCGAUGCUCCACAAUUCGGACUGAUCACGCUGUUCGCUGUGCUCCUGCUGCUCCUAAAUAGAAUGCAUAACAACAACAACAAUAUCUACGAGAACAUUGUCAGCAUCGGCAGCACGUAAUAAGAUGCAAACGACAGCAGCAGACGAUCCACAUUUGAAAUCAAAUUCUGCAACGCAAAAAACACGACGACGAUCAAUAUUAUGUGCAAACAAAAAAGAGAAAACAGCAACAAAACAACAGAAUCCCAUUGCUUUGCUUUUCAGUUGUAUUAUCCCACAAUCCUGACACUACCUUUUUUUUUUGGUUUACGGGCAUUAGUUUAAGUUACAAUUAAGGGCAAACAGUGCAGCAAACAGGAACAACAGCAGCAACAAACAACAAUGAAUGAAAUUAACAUGUGAAAUGCGCAAAAGCUGGCAUCUAUGGCAUCAACUCUCCUUGCUGUAAUCAAUGCUCUUGGACAGUAAGUGUAAAAGCCGACGACUGUGACACUCAAUCUUACUCUUCAAAGUGUGCAAGUGCAAGCUGACUGCUAUGUCACUCCAUUUUACACUUCUAAAUGUGCAGGUGCCACCUGACUGCUAUGACACGCAUCCUUAAUCUGUUGCGGAAGUGCAGUCUGACAGCUAUGACACUCAAUCUUACUCUCCUAAACAUGCAAGUGCAAACUGACUGCUAUGACACUCACUCUUACAUUUCUAAACCCACAAGUACAAGCUGGCAGCGAUGUCCCUCAACUCUUCUAAACAUGGAAGUGCAGGUUGGCAACUGUGACAUUCACUCUUUAUCUUCUAAAAGUGUAAGUGAAAGCUGACAGCUAUGACACUCACACUACACUUCACUGAUUCUGAAGCAUCUACUGUAGUAAUUCAAAGCUGACAGCUAUGCUAUUUUCUUCUCUGACUGCU